AUGAAGAACUCAGUCAUGAUCACCGGCACCUUUGCCGCCUUUGCUGCGGCUCAGCUCGCGAUGCCCGAGGGUUUCCCUGCUUGCGGUUCCACCUGCUUCACCAACAUGCAGAACGAAGCCUCCAACCUGGGCUGCUCCGGCAGUGACCAAGCGUGUCUCUGCAAGAACCCCAACUGGUCCUACGGCAUCACGGACUGCUCCAACGCCGCCUGCGCAGAUCACAGCGAUGCUGUGACGGCCAUCCAGUACGGUGUCAACGUCUGUGCUUCCGUCGGCGUCGUCGUUGGUGGCCUUGCUGCCUCAGCUGAUAGCUCUGUCGUUUCUUCGGCUUCUACCACUGUUAUGGUCGCUUCUACGGGGUCUGAAUCCGCUACUGAUUCUGGAAGCGCCGGCGCCGGCCUUGCCACCUCUGAGAUCCUGUCCACCAUCUCCAGUGACGGCUCCGCUGUUGCCACCUCCACUGUCGGUACCACCACCUUCUCGACUACCGACGGUGCCGGGACCAGCUCCGGUGGUGCUCUCAUCCCCCUCUCCACCGUUGCGAUUCUCUCCACCGCGACCAACUCCGACGGCUCGGUUGUGACCACCACACUCGCCACGAGCACCCUCUUCUCGACCUCGGCGCUCUCUGGAUCUGGGUCUGCCACCGACUCCAACUCGGGCUCCAGCAGCACCAUCGUUAGUGGCUCGACUUUCACUUCAGAUGGCACAACUGGUGUUACUGGCGUUACCACCACCGCGCCUGCCACCAGUGACAGUGGCAAUGGUGGUGCCUCUACCACUGACGGCGGUGCGGCCAGUUCGACCGAUUCGGCUGCUGGUGCCGCGCAGCGAACUGCCGCACCUGUCUUCAUCGCGGCCGCUGGCCUUGCUGCUAUGUUGCUGUAA